UCUUAUUGCUCUCCCAAAUCUAAACUAUUGUGUUGCACUAUCAUGGCAUCUGAUGUAAUUGUCAGUCUGGAUGGAGGGAAAAAUCCAGUGCUACAGGAAAAUGUACCUCCCAUUAACACAUCAUCAGAGAAAAGACUCACAAAGGUGGAGCAAGCAAGACGUGAGGCACUUUCUGCCUUUGGAAACUGCCCAUUUAAUUCAUUGGUUGUGAAGAGAGACUGUUUUAAGUCAAAACUGAAAGUGACUGCAGCUAAAAGUGCAUCCUCAAGAAAAGAGUCAAUCAGGAGACCAACUCGAAUGGAAAAAGCCAGACAGGAAGCUAAUGAAGCAUUUAAGAAUAUUUCCCUUGGCCAGAAGCGAAAAGCUAGUGUCAUAGAGAAGAAAUCAGAAACACAACCUGAAACACAAAAUGCAAAAAAGAGACUUACUAGACUAGAGAGAUGUAAACUUGAAGCGCAGCAGGCUUUUGGAAAUGCUCCUCUUAGCACGCUUAUAGAAGGAAGGGUACAAGAGCAACAACAAAAUGGCAAGAGACGAGGAAGACUUGGAGUUGAAGCCAACCUUUCAGGAAUCAAGAACGUUGAGACUAUCAAAAAGGACACAAAGAAAAGUUUCGGAAGGAGAUCCAUUGAAAAAAGUGUGAAAGAAAAGAGAAAAUCCACCAGUAAGGGCAAACAAAACAGAAGGUCAGCCUCAAGAAGAAGAAGUUCAGCCAUAAUGCGGCGAAAAAGCUCUACCAAAGGAAGUCGACUAACAAAGGUUCAAGCUUCGCAGUUAGAGGCUCUGAAGAGUUUCGGAGGACAGAGUCUGGAAAAUGUUUGGAAGUCCAAGGAUAGUCCACCCGCAUCUGAGGGCGUGGCAGUGACAGUUGACGACACCUGUCAAUCAGUUGAGAAACCGGAAAUCCUUGAUGAUUCGCUGAAGCCAGUUGGCAUGGUAACAUGUGAUAGACAUAGUACUUGCCAACAAGAAAGUGGUAUUGAUGUCGAGAUAACCCUGAAUGAACACACUGCAGAAUUUUCUUCCCAAACAGGUCUCCAGGUAGUUGAUGAAUCUACUCAGAUUAGUGGGUCCAGAGACAGUGAAAUGCAAACAGAAGCCUGCGAUUCAAACGAAGUAAAUGAAAUCGCAGAUGCUUCAAUGCAGAAUGCAGCCAAUGAAACCCCUCCUGUCGAAACAUGUGAAGAUCACGUGUACGCACGAGAAAAGCACGUGCGCAGCUUGAGUGGAAUGGCCCCUAUUCCAGAACAGAGUCCUCCCGAGGCUUCCGCCCGAUCCAGUAUAACGCCUGUAGAGUCCAAGCCCCUGACGCGCCUGCAGAAAGCUCGACUGGAAGUGUUCCAGAGCUUCAACGGUCAAGCGUUCGAGCACGUCAUUAAGACUUCGACUAGGAAAAUGGCCAGGUACUUAACGCCAGUAAAACAUCAGGGAACCAACACCGAGGUGAAUAUGACAAGGAAUACGCCCUCACAGACAGAUGAUUCAUAUUACAAAGGUCACCCGCGUCCCAAAAAAUCUGUCUACUCCAACCUUCGAGAAAACAGCUUUUGUGACAGGGGUGCGUUGUUGGAAAGCAGCAAGAUAGUGGUUUUCACGGCAAGGUCUCUGGAUACGCCUUCUCCAGAGUGUUCACCCGCCAAUACGUAGAACCUUGAACAACCCAUUAGCGCUGACGGCAACGACAUUGUCAACUUCCGAUAGCCUCCAGUUAUUUUAAUUUUUACAAAUGUUGAGUUAAGAAAGAUAGAUUUAUUUUGUCCAUAUGUUAUCGAAGAUGUUAAUGUUUUGUUCAUGUUACCUUUGGUUUGAAAACAUUUCUUCAACCUAUGCCAUUAGGAAGCCUUUACGUUUACUACUUUACAGGUUCUUUUUUCAUAACUGAACGCUACGGUUUGGCAGACGGCCAUACAAUAAACGGUUUACGAGGCAGUAAAUCGGCCCUGUUCUGUGGCAGCGCAAAAAAUAUUAUUGACUUACUAGUUUGUUUUCUUUAUCGCGCGCAAAACACAGCGUUUUUAUAUUUAAUUGAUGUCAAGUAAUUUCCACUAACGUCGGUUUCAGAAAAAAACUCACAGUCGAGAUACCUGGGAAAAGAGUUAAAAUGUAGUGCGAAGGGUUAAUCAGUGCUUGAAAGCGCCUCUUUGAGAUUUCAUAUUUCUAUACAUUCCUCUAGAGGCUACUUUCAAUCCAAGCCGAUUUUUAUCUUGACGAAUGCUUGUUACAAGUGCAUGUAUGUCCGAUAAAUCUGGCAAACAAAUAGGCUGCGAACGCAGACGAAUUUCCGGCUGUCUGUCUCGUAUUUCAGAUGUGCUUGCGGGCGAGGAACGCGCUUUCUUUCCCGCGAAAAGCCAUUUGAGACGUCAGCAGUGGUUUUCUUGUUUCUUUGGUACAAGCAAAAACUAAGAAAGUUGAAAGUUCACUAAGUAUUGUUCGUGCAUAGUGGUAUAAUGGUGAUUUUCCCAGCUUUUUUCAGCCGUUUUGAUCAGUUACUGAUCAUUUUCUUAGAGUACUUUGAUGUUAACAUGAAGAUUAAACGCCCAGGUAAUAACGGCAAGAAAAAGGUUAUAAAUAAUUCCUAUGUUAAUAGAGAGUGUAAAUAGUUUUAUAUUAGGAUAAGCCAAGGGCUUAGUUAUAUUUAGUGUUGUGGUUGUAGCGACAAGUGAAACGACAACUGUCUUUUAGAAGAACUUUAAAAUGAUAUUAGUUGUCCUGUCUGAAGUUGCCUUGGAACUCUCGCCUAGUUUAUGUGCGCCUAGUUUCGUUGGUUAGAGAGAGAGAUUGAGGCGGAGUGAAGAUGUGACGGCGUUGAAGUGUUUUGUGCCGCGAGGUCUUAAAAUGAGUGAGACUCUUUCGUACAAUAGCUCCGUCACUGGUUAGAGUCGCUUGUUUAACAGAUAAGGGGUUGUGUUCUGCAGGAAGUAUGGCUUUUUUCUUGACCUGAAAAAGUGUGAAAUACAGUCACCAUUGUUUUGUGCAUGC